GAAGCUUCGCCCAGCUGAUGGCUCUCGUCUACUGGUGGAGUUCAAGGAGAAGUUCCCAGAUGAGCGUGAGCGAGAGACGAACCGACUGCCAGGCACAAAGAAGGAGCCACAUGAGAACGCCCGGCAGACGGCGGAACGCAUCCUGCGGGAGAUGAUGAACAUGGAUCCCAGCAUGGUGACCUUUGAUUUCUCCAACGUGGAGCGACAAGAGGAGGAGACUGACUCGCCCUCCUUUCCGGGCGUCACGACUGUCUAUCGAAAAGAGCUCGUGGAGUGUAAAGUGACAACAUCGGAACAGGCGCUUCAAGAGAAGGUGGGGUUGCCGGGCAUGACGCAGUGGUAUGCCACUGAUCCUCAGGGCAACACCAAGUUCUUCACGUGGCUCACGGAUGGCGAGGCUGAGGCCAAAAAGGUGAAGUUGAAGGUGCAUGGCUCUCAUAUCUCCACCCUGGUCCGCGCACCCAUUGGCCUAGAUGAGGAGGCGCUGAGGGAGUACUUGAAGACCAACGGGAUCGACGUGACCCAGUUUGGACAGAACGGAACCAAGUCCCUGAAGGAGUUCUCCUCCGAACUGAUCAAGGGCGAAACACGGCUGUUGCAGGUCGCCAGUGGUGAGAUCCUCGUCAUCACGGAGGUGGUCAUGAUGAUCCUCACAAACAAAGAGAAUAAAGAGACCUUGGUGCAGACAGGGCAGGUCUGGCCCGACGGCAAGAGCAGCACUCAGCCUCGCAUUCCCGGGGCCAAGCGGCGGCCUGACGAGAAUCAAUUCCUCUGCGCCCGACGCAUCCUGAAGAGGCAGCUGGAAAUCGAUGAGAACGCAGUUCGUAUCUCCACAGAUGUUGGAUACCUCGAGGAAGAUCGUGGCUCCAAGAGUUACCCGGGUCUCAAGACGGUCUAUAGGAAGAGGGUGAUCAAGGGUGAAAUCAUGCCUGGUGCUUAA